AUGACCUCCGAUCAUUCAUCAUCUACCGCCGAUAUGAACUCAGAUGGAUCCAAGGGUGUCGAUCUUCAACCCCAUCGACAAGAAGAAGAUGCAGAUAGCUCGCAUAAUUCAUCUUCCCGCAGAAGCAUUCCGUCGAACACUUCGAGGGCAAACUCAGUGAAAGAAGUUGCGUUCGUUGAUUUGGGAUCAAAGGGCGUGCGAUAUGGAUCUCGAAAAGGAAGCUCAGGUGCAGAAAGGUUUAGCAUGUCCAUGUCGCAAAGAGAGAUUAGUGAUGAAGAUUCAAGGUUGGUUUAUGUAAACGAUCCAGCAAAAACUAAUGAAAAGUUUGAAUUUUCUGGGAAUUCCAUUAGAACAAGCAAGUAUUCCAUUCUAACUUUCUUGCCCAGAAACCUGUUUGAACAAUUCCAUAGAGUCGCCUAUGUUUAUUUCCUCAUAAUCGCUGUCCUCAACCAGCUUCCACAGCUUGCAGUUUUUGGGCGUUUUGCCUCCAUCUUGCCAUUAACAAUGGUGUUAUUAGUUACAGCAGUGAAAGAUGCUUAUGAAGACUGGAGACGACACAGAUCUGACGCGAUUGAAAACAAUCGUUUAUCAACUGUUUUAAUGAACAGUUCAUACGAACAUAAGAAAUGGAAAGACAUUAAAGUAGGAGAAAUCAUCAAAUUUUCUGCAAACGAAACAAUUCCAUGUGAUAUCGUUUUGCUUUCAACUAGCGAUCCAACGGGAGUCGCUUACAUCCAGACCAUCAAUCUAGACGGAGAAUCUAACCUAAAAACACGUUACGCCAAACAAGAAACCCUUUCAAUCAUCCAUGAGAACAAGGAGAUCAACGGCGUUAUCAAAUGUGAAAAACCCAACAGAAACAUAUACGGUUUCUUAGCCAACAUGGAGAUCGAUCAAAAACGCGUCUCACUCGGCCCUUCCAACAUCGUUCUUCGUGGAUGUGUCCUCAAGAACACGAACUGGGCAGUAGGAGUUGUGGUGUACACCGGAAUGGAAACCAAAGUUAUGCUCAACAAUUCAGGCGCCCAAUCGAAACGAAGCCAUCUUGAAGCUCGCAUGAACAGAGAAAUCAUAUUUUUAUCGAUUUUUCUUGUUGUUUUAUGCUCGGUUGUUUCAAUUUGUGCUGGUGUUUGGUUGAGACGCCAUAGAGACGAGCUUGAUAUCAUGCCUUUUUAUAGAAGAAAAGAUUAUUCAGAAGGAGAUGCUGAAAACUACAAGUAUUACGGAUGGGGGAUGGAGAUAUUCUUCACGUUUCUUAUGUCGGUGAUUGUGUUCCAGAUUAUGAUACCAAUUGCUUUGUAUAUAUCCAUGGAGCUAGUGCGUGUGGGCCAGGCUUACUUCAUGAUCCAUGAUGAUAACAUGUAUGAUGAAAGUACAGAUUCGAGAUUCCAAUGUAGGGCCUUGAAUAUGAAUGAGGAUUUAGGUCAAGUGAAGUACGUUUUCUCUGAUAAAACUGGUACAUUGACUGAAAACAAGAUGGAGUUUCAGUAUGCAAGCAUUUCUGGUGUCGAUUACAAUGGGGAGAAAUCGGAGUUUUAUGGAGAAGAAGAGGGUUACUAUGCUAAAGUGAAUGGGCUUGUUUUGAGGCCCAAAAUGAAGGUGAAAGUUGACAUGGAGCUAGUUCGUUUAUCACAAAAUGAAUCAAAAACCCAAAAACAAAUUUACGAUUUCUUUCUUGCAUUAGCUGCUUGCAACACAAUUGUCCCAAUUGCGGUUGAUACAUCAAAUCCUACUGAGAAAUUGAUCGAUUAUCAAGGGGAAUCCCCAGAUGAACAAGCCCUAGUUUAUGCUGCAGCUGCUUAUGGUUUCAUGCUUAUUGAACGAACUUCCGGUCAUAUAGUCAUCGAUAUUCAUGGUGAUCAACAAAGGUUUAAUGUUCUUGGAAUGCACGAAUUUGAUAGUGAAAGAAAAAGGAUGUCAGUUAUAUUAGGGUUUCCCGAUAACACGGUGAAAGUUUUUGUAAAAGGUGCAGAUACAACGAUGUUUAACGUCAUAGAUAAAUCAAUGGAUUCAGAUAUAGUAAAAGCAACCGAAUCCCAUCUUCAUUCAUAUUCUUCAGUCGGAUUAAGAACCCUAGUUAUGGGAAUCCGUGAACUAAAUUCUCAUGAAUUCAAUCAAUGGCGUUCAUCUUACGAGUCUGCAACCAAUGCUUUAAUGGGUAGGGCACGUUUACUUAAAAAGGUGGCAAUCAAUUUAGAAACAAAUCUCCACAUCUUAGGAGCUUCUGGAAUUGAAGAUAAAUUACAAGAAGGUGUACCUGAAGCAAUCGAGAGUUUAAGAACAGCGGGAAUAAAAGUUUGGGUUUUAACAGGCGAUAAACAAGAAACCGCUAUUUCAAUUGGAUACUCAUCGAAGCUUUUAACAAAUACAAUGACGCAAAUUGUAAUAAACAAUAAUUCUACCGAAUCGUGUAGAAAAAGCUUGAGAGAUGCGUUGAUUAGGUCUCAAAAAAGUGAUAGUUCUGGAGAUGAUUCAAGAUCGAUUGCUUUGAUUAUUGAUGGGACGAGUCUUGUGUAUAUCCUUGAUACGGAACUUGAAGAACAGCUGUUUGAAUUGGCGAGUAAAUGCUCUGUGGUUUUAUGUUGUCGAGUGGCGCCAUUGCAGAAAGCUGGGAUUGUUAUGCUGAUUAAGAAAAGAACAGACGACCUCACCCUUGCAAUUGGAGAUGGUGCCAAUGACGUUUCCAUGAUCCAAAAGGCGGAUGUCGGAAUCGGAAUCAGCGGACAAGAAGGUCGGCAAGCUGUGAUGUCAUCGGAUUUUGCCAUGGCUCAAUUCCGUUUUCUGGUUCCUCUUUUGUUAGUCCAUGGACACUGGAAUUACCAAAGAAUGGGAUACAUGAUCCUUUACAAUUUCUACAGAAACGCAAUUUUUGUCCUCGUUUUAUUCUGGUAUGUUUUAUUUACUGCAUUCACUCUAUCAACCGCCAUUAACGAAUGGAGCAGCGUGUUGUAUUCUGUAAUCUAUACGUCUGUACCUACAAUUGUUGUUGGAAUUCUCGACAAGGAUCUCGGAAGAACGUCUUUACUAAAACACCCUCAGCUUUAUGGAGCGGGACAAAGGCAAGAAAGCUACAAUACGACAUUGUUUUGGCUUACCAUAGCAGACACGUUAUGGCAGAGUAUAGUCGCCUUCUUCAUUCCGCUACUCGCAUACUGGAAAUCCACCAUUGAUGGUCCGAGUAUAGGCGAUCUUUGGACCCUCGCGGUUGUUCUUCUGGUUAAUCUUCACUUAGCGAUGGAUGUCACCACAUGGAAUUGGAUUAUUCACGCAUCGAUUUGGGGUUCAAUUGUUGCAACGAUUAUUUGUGUGAUCAUCAUCGACGCUAUCCCGAUCUUGCCUGGAUACUGGGCGAUCUUUUAUCUUGCAGGCGAUGGUUUGUUCUGGAUUUGCUUGAUUGGGAUCGUGGUGGCUUCCUUGAUUCCUCGAUUUGUUCUGAAAACAUUGUUGCAGCGUUAUAAACCGACGGAUGUUCAGAUCGCCGGGGAGGCGGAGAAAUUUGGGGAUUUAGUUGAGUCAGGAAGUGGAGAAAUUGAAUUGCAUCAACAGCAAAGAUGAUUUUUCUUUUUUUUUUUUAAUUAUAUUCUUUAGGUUGCUAGAGAAAUGUUCUCUUGCUGUGCCUGUGUUUGUGUAGUUUUUUUUUUGUCCUAAGGAUAGAGCAUGAAAGUUUUGUGUUCAUAGUUUCAUCAUUAUUUAUGCAAGUUACUUGGUCUUGUAUCUAUUUGUAAAUUUUCAUUGUUUACAAUAUAAAAUUUUGGUACAUGAUGCACAUAUGGUUUCGUAAAUGAUUGGAACAUCCAGCGAAUAGUUUGAUGGAAAGUUUGUUUAUA